AUGUUUAAAUUAAACUUUUCUUCUAAACAGAAACAACUUUUCAAAAGAUUAUAUACGACUUCUAAAGAUUUCAUUGAAUCUGAAAGUUCAUACCAAGUCACCACAUAUGCCAGACCAAAUGAUCUAGUCAUUACUAGAGGCACCAAUUGCUACUUAUAUGAUGAUUUCUCCGGUAAAAAAUAUGUUGAUUUCACCAGUGGCAUUGCUGUCACCGGUCUAGGCCAUUCUAACCCACAAAUUGCUCAGCUUUUAUAUGAUCAAGCCAAGAAGUUGGUUCAUUGUUCUAAUCUAUAUUACAACGAUCAAGCUUUAAUAUUAAGUGACAAAUUAGUUGAAAAAACUCAAAAAUUUGGAGGCCAAUACGAUAUUUCCAAGGUUUUUUUAUGUAACAGUGGUAGUGAGGCAAAUGAGGCGGCUUUGAAGUUUGUUAAAAAAUUUGGUAUUAAAAUUUCAGAAGAUAGAAUUGGAAUUGCGGCAUUUGAAAACUCUUUUCAUGGCAGAACUUGCGGGUCUUUGAGUGUUACAUACAAUCCUAAAUACAGAACACCCUUUGGUCCUUUAGUACCGGGGGCUGAAUUUUUUUCUCUAUCUAACGAAGGCCUAGAGUCCUUGAAACAAAAGUUUGAAAGUGGUAAAUUUGCUGGUUGUAUUAUAGAACCUAUCCAAGGUGAAGGUGGUGUUUAUCCAAUUCCAAUCCCAAAAUUGGUUGAAUUGAAACAAUUGUGCCAGGCUAACAAUGUUGUCUUGAUCUAUGAUGAGAUCCAAUGUGGGAUGGGUCGUUCCGGUAAAUUAUGGGCUCAUUCUUAUUUACCUAAAGAAGCACAUCCAGAUAUUUUUACUGUAGCUAAAGCUUUAGGAAAUGGGUUCCCAGUUGCUGCCACAUGCAUCAAUGAAAAAAUUAAUAAUAUUUUGAAGGUUGGUGAUCAUGGAACAACCUAUGGUGGUAAUCCAUUGGCAUGUAGAGUAGCUAAUUACGUUUUGGAUGUUAUUGGUCAAGAAAAUUUUUUACAACAAGUUAAUGAAAAGGGUGCUUAUUUGGUAGCAAGAUUAAAUAAAUUGAAGGAAAAAUACCCUGCUCUUAUUAAAGAAAUUAGAGGCAAAGGUUUAAUUAUUGGGUGCGAGUUAACUCAACCACCAAAUGAUCUAGUUAAUAAGUGUCGUGAAAAUGGAUUAUUAAUUAUCACUGCUGGUAAAUCUACUUUAAGAUUUGUUCCCGCUUUAAUUAUUGAAAAGGAUGUUUUAGAUGAAGGUUUAGACAUUUUAGAAAAAAGUAUAGGAGAAGUAUUCAACAAGAAAUAA